AUGAACAAUAUCCGCCAAAUCCAAGCGCUCAACAAGCGCGAACUCGAAAACGCAAUACCCCCCGCAGCAUCAUGGCACGCAGACUACCGCGACACAGCUUACAUCUACAUCGGCGGCCUCCCCUACGACCUCUCCGAAGGAGACGUGGUAACCAUCUGUUCGCAAUUCGGAGAACCAGUGCACGUGAACCUCAUCCGCGACAAAGAAACAGGAAAGAGUCGAGGCUUUGCGUUCCUGAAGUACGAAGACCAGCGCAGUACGGACCUUGCUGUUGAUAACCUGGGUGGAGCGACGGUCCUGGGAAGAGUGAUUCGUGUAGACCAUGUGCGGUACAAGCGACGCGAGGAUGAGGAGGAGGGUGAUAAUGUUGCGAGCUUGAUGGGGGAUGCUGAGCCAGAUCAGAAGAAGAGGAGGGGUAGUGAAAAUGAGGAGCCCCGGAGACGACCGCAGCUCAAGGAGGAGAGGGAGCUGGCUGCGUUGAUCCAGAACCAUGACGAUGAGGAUCCGAUGAAGGAGUUUUUGAUUGAGGAGAAGAAGGAGGAGGUUACGCAGGCGCUGGAGAGAUUGGGGAGCAGUGAGAAGAAGCCCUCCCGGCGACGAGAUGAUAGCAGGGAACGAUCGAGUCGGCAUCAUCGUCAUCAUCGCCGCAGGCGUGAUGAGGAUCGAGUGCGCUCCCGCUCCCGCUCUAAGGACAGGAGGCGUCGUGAUGAACGAUCUAGGGAAAGGAGAUCUCAUCGGGACAAGUCACCUUCAAGGAGGGAAAGGUCCGAUAGAGAUCGGUCACCUAGGAGGUCACGGUCGCCCGGAUCACGGCGAUACCGGGACAGGCACGAUCGUCUGCGUUGA